CCAGAUCAGAGUAAAUAUGUUUGCAGAUUUGGACUAUGAUGUGGAGGAAGAUAAGAUGGGGAUCCCCACUGUACCUGGCACAGUGACCCUGAAAAAGGACUCUCAGAACCUGAUUGGGAUCAGCAUUGGGGGAGGAGCACAGUACUGCCCCUGCCUCUACAUUGUCCAGGUGUUUGAUAACACUCCAGCAGCCUUAGAUGGCACCGUGGCAGCUGGGGAUGAAAUCACAGGAGUGAAUGGGAAGUCUGUCAAAGGGAAGACCAAAGUGGAGGUGGCCAAGAUGAUACAGAUGGUAAAGGGAGAAGUGACCAUACACUACAACAAGCUUCAGGCUGACCCAAAGCAGGGCAAGUCUCUGGAUAUUGUAUUGAAGAAGGUCAAGCAUCGACUGGUAGAAAACAUGAGCUCAGGGACAGCAGAUGCCCUGGGGCUGAGCAGAGCCAUACUUUGCAAUGAUGGACUGGUGAAGAGACUGGAGGAGCUGGAGAGGACUGCAGAGUUAUACAAAGGCUUAACAGAGCACACCAGGAGUCUUCUCAGAGCUUUCUUUGAGCUAUCCCAGACACACAGAGCAUUUGGAGAUGUUUUCUCUGUCAUUGGAGUGAGGGAGCCCCAGCCAGCUGCCAGUGAAGCCUUUGUGAAGUUCGCCGACGCCCAUCGCAGCAUCGAGAAGUUUGGGAUUCACCUCCUGAAAACUAUCAAGCCAAUGCUUACUGACCUGAAUACAUAUCUGAACAAAGCCAUUCCUGACACGAGGCUGACCAUCAAAAAAUACCUGGAUGUCAAGUUUGAAUAUUUGUCUUACUGCCUGAAAGUCAAAGAGAUGGACGACGAGGAGUACAGCUGCAUUGCUCUGGGUGAACCCCUCUACAGGGUCAGCACUGGGAACUACGAGUACCGGCUCGUGCUGCGCUGCCGGCAGGAGGCUCGCACGCGCUUCGCCAAGAUGAGGAAAGAUGUGCUAGAGAAAAUAGAGCUCCUGGACCAGAAACACGUGCAGGACAUCGUGUUCCAGCUCCAGCGUUUUGUCUCCACCAUGUCCAAAUACUAUGAUGACUGCUACGCCGUGCUCCGAGGUGCCGAUGUCUUCCCCAUCGAGGUGGACCUCGCCCGCACCACGCUCAGCUAUGGGCAGAAGGACAUGUACACAGAGGGGGCAGAAGAAGAAGAAGAAGAAGGAGGAGGAGGGAGUGAGAGAGAGGGUAGUGGGAAGGAGAAUGCAGAUAGUGUGAAGCUCAUUGAUGAUGCCUGAGGAGAGACUUUGCAGACUGUUAUAAAAACUUGUAUUUUACUUGGCA